AUGUGCCAUGAUGCUAAAUGCACCAACAACAACCCAAUUAUUAAAUACAAGUCUUAUCAUUCAGGUGAUUUCAACAUUGGUGGAAUUAUUUCUCUGAUCUAUGUGAUGUCUAAUUUGAUAACUUUCAAAACAAUUCCAUCGGAAGAACUUCUUGAUGAUCCCAUUUAUUUCAUGGCAACAUGGACCUACCUGGCUUCUAUGGAGCUUCUUUCUUCACAUGACAGAUUUGUUCCCAAUUACAAAUGCAGCAUCCACCAAAACUCAAUUUGCGUUAUUGCUGGACCCAACUCUCAUAUCUCCCAGGUUAUGGCAGACAUCCUGAGCGUUUAUAAAAUUCCACAGCUCACAUAUGGCUCUGCUCCACUGAUCAAUAAUGAGAUUCAUGCAGCUUUCUUUCAUCAGAUGUUUCCGAAUGAGCACCUCCAGAUUAUGGGGAUCCUCCAGUUGCUGCUACAUUUUAAGUGGACCUGGAUUGGGCUGAUUUGUCAAGCAAAUGAGAUUGGUGAAAGAUUUCUGCGGGAAGUUCUGGUUGUGUUUUCUGAGAAAGGAAUCUGCUUCGAUUACAUUGAAGAGCUUCUAGUAGAAGUUUUUUCCAAUGGAGUGGGAGAAAAAAUGGAUACAUUUCUUAAAAUGUACGAAACCAUUAUGACAAGUUUGUCCAAUGUUGUGAUUGUAUAUUGUGAAAACCAGCUCAUGGCUCUUUUCAGAAUGAUCUCCUCUGUUUCAGAAUAUUGGGACACAAUGGUUGAGAGAAAAGACAAAGUUUGGAUUUUUCCAGCCCAGAUGGAAUCUACUUCAGUUCCAUUUCAAAGAGACUGGAGUAUGGACUACAUUCAUGGGGCUCUUUCUUUUUCAGCUUCAUCAAAAGAAUUAUUAGGUUUCAGUAGGUUUCUUCAGAUGGGAAACAGCAUUCUAGGAAAGGAAGACAGCUUGUCAAGGGUCUUUUGGGAACAAGCAUUUGGAUGUUCUUUCUCACAAGCCACAUUAAACCUCAAGUCAGAGAAAAGAUGCACUGGGGACGAGAAGCUGGAGACUCUUCCAAUGUCUGUUUUUGAAUUGAGCAUGACUGGACAAAGCUACAGUAUCUACAAUGCAGUCUAUGCUGUGGCACAUGCUCUCCAGGCCAUGCUUACAUCCCACUCCAAACACAGAGCAAUGGUCCUGGGUGGGAGACAGAACCCUCUGAAUCCUCAAGUGUGGCAGCUUCAUCACUACCUAAGAAAAGUCUCAUUUAACAACAGUGCUGGAGAAAAUAUUUUCUUUGACCAGAAUAGGAAGGUUGCAACUGGCUUUAAUAUUAUCAACUGGGUCACCUUCCCAAAUCAAUCAUUUCUUAGGAUCAAAAUUGGAAAAGUACAUCCAUCAGCUCAGCUAGAAAGCCUUCUCUCUCUAUCAGAGGAUGACAUUGUCUGGCCCAACGCUUUUAAACAGACUCAACCUUUUUCUUUAUGCAAUGAGCAUUGCUCCUUGGGGUAUAGCAAGAUCAAAAUAGAAGGGAAGCCAUUUUGCUGUUACAAAUGCCUUCAUUGUCCAGAAGGGAAAAUUGCCAAUCAGACAGAUUUAGAUGACUGUUUCCUGUGUCCUGAAGGAAACUAUCCCAACAAGAAUAGGUCGCUUUGCAUUAAAAAACUCACAUCUUUCUUGUCUUACAAAGAACCCUUGGGAACCACCUUGACCAGUGUUGCUUACUUCUUUUCUGUCAUCUCAGUUGUGGUGCUGGGGAUUUUUAUUAAACACCAGGACACUCCAAUUGUCAAAGCCAACAACAGGAGCCUGACUUAUACUCUUCUCAUUGCUCUCCUGUUCUCUUUUCUUUGCAUUUUGCUUUUCAUAGGGCAGCCUAACCAAAUAAAAUGUCUCUUGAGACAAGCUGCUUUUGGCAUCAUUUUCUCUGUGGCCCUUUCUUGCAUAUUGGGCAAAACAACCAUAGUGGUUCUUGCUUUCAUGGCCACCAAGCCAGGCUCCAAAAUAAGGAAAUGGGUAGGGAAAGGACUAGCCAACACUAUUGUGUCAUCUUGCUCUCUGGUGCAAGUCACAAUUUGCAGUGUUUGGCUGGCAAUUUCUCCCCCAUUUCCAGAUUCAGACAUGCAUUCCGUGGCUGGAGAAAUUGUCCUGGAAUGUAAUGAAGGUUCAACCAUCAUGUUUUAUAUUGUUCUAAGCUUUAUGGGAUUCUUGACCAUUAUCAGUUUCACAGUGGCGUUCCUAGCCAGGAAGUUACCAGAUAGCUUUAAUGAAGCCAAAUUUAUCACCUUCAGCAUGUUUGUUUUUUGUAGCGUUUGGGUGUCAUUUGUUCCCACCUAUCUGAGCACCAAGGGAAAAUACAUGGUAGCUGUGGAGGUCUUCUCCAUUUUGGCUUCUGCAGCAGGAUUACUGGGUUGCAUCUUUUUCCCCAAAUGUUACAUAAUUAUUCUGAGGCCUGAUUUGAACAGAAAGGAGCAGCUGAUGAAGUAA